AUGUUCCCAAUUAGAAAAGUACUAUACAACUUAAGAAGUGAAACUUUAAAGCGUUCUUUUCAUGCGUCUUCUUGUGCUUUUGAAGUCAAAGAGAUCACUAAUCCAGCGUCCUUUCGUGAGUCUGUUUUAAAAUCACCUAUUGCAUUUGUUGAUUUCUAUGCUACAUGGUGUGGACCAUGUAAAAUGAUUGCACCAUAUGUUGAAAAAUUCAGUGACAUUCAUACCAACAUUAACUUCUUCAAAGUGGAUGUCGAUGAACUUAGUGAUGUUGCUCAUGAACAUGGUAUUUCAGCUAUGCCAACUUUCCUUGUUUUCAAACACGGCAAAGUUGUUGAUAAAAUCGUAGGUGCUAACCCACAAGGUAUCCAUUCAGCUCUGGUGAAGGCCUGUGAAUAG